AGUUUACCCAAAUCAAUGUAGCCAGUUGGCGCCAAAUCCAGCGAAUCUUGGUUCUCAAGUUACCAAUGAUUAGCUGAAGAUAAGAACAUUGGAAAACAAGAAAAAUCCACAAAACGUUACGGCUUUCUUCUGGAAUCCGCGCCUUGGUUGAGGACUUCUGAGACAAAUCCCUCUCUACCAGUUCACGCUGAAUCCUGACUCUGAACGCUCUCUUCUUAAGCCUGUUGGUAGCUGCUCUUUACUCAUUGCUCAUCCUCGUUCCUCACUCGCCCUCCUCGCUUGCUCACUCUUGUACCUCGGGCUGCCGCCAACCAGACCUGUUUUCCUUUCAGGAGCAGCUACUACAACCUCUUUGAAUUCUGCAGCAGCUUGGCGCCUGCACGCGAAAGUGCGGUAGUUGUGACCUCUUUUAGGGAGCUACUUGCUGCCAUCUUUUCUCCUGAGAUACCUCUGUAGGCGUGACAAAGGCCUGACACGCCUUUCUAGCACCCCGCCAUAAACCAGAGCCAUCUCAGAAAGAUGGCCAAGUACUGCCAUACGGUGCACUCUCACCCGUAUGCCUGGGAUGAAGUGGCAGGGGCCAUCUUCCAAAGGUAUCCGAAUCCCUUUGCCACUCAUGUCUUGUCCGAGGACACCGUUGAAAGGGGACUCCUGCAGCCAAAUGUGCUCUACUCGAAGCGGUUCUUGACCAAGACCAACAAGCUGCCCAAGUGGAGCGAGAAGUUUGUGAUCGGUAUCAAGCGUUAUGUGCCGUUGGUGGAAGAGUCCAUUGUCGACCGGGAUGCCAAGGUGAUUACGACCUACACAAGGAACGUGGGUCUGAGCCGAUUCAUGACGGCCAUUGAGAAGGUCGAGUACCGACGAGAUCCCCAUGAUCCAUCCAAAACCGUGGCUGUCAAGGAGGCCUGGAUUGAGUCCGGCCUCUAUGGCCUUCGGUCGGCUGUCAAGAACUACGGAGUGGAACGGUUCAAGCAGAACUGCACCCGUGCCACGGAUGGGUUCAAUCACGUGUUGGCUCAUUUUCAUCAUCAGCAACACUACAUCAACGAGAUGCGGGUCAAGAAGUGGAACGAGAUGAAGCACAAGGGUGAAGUGCUCCGGGCGAAUGCCCGCCAUGCCGCUGAAGUGGCCAAAGCCCAUUCCGUCGUGCGCGCCGAGGAAUCCGAGGGUUCAACCAAACCUUCCACGUGAGAUUGAAAACGUCAAUCUCAAUUGCAUUCAUUCUGAUAUUAACUUACCCGAAUUAAGUGUUCAUGGAUGUCUGGGAUGCAUGCUGCCUUUUGGCCGGGCGUGCUACCGAACGACGGCAUUUGCUACGCAUAAUUUGUACGAGCCACUAGUCGCCAAACGUUGCAGUUCCGGAUUAUGUCUGAUCCGUGGCAAAAAUAAAUGAAUAUCAACGAA